AUGGCUGUAGAGCCCUUCCGACCCAUACUUGAGGUCUUGAAGCAAAUUAAAGAAGAAGAUACUGAACUUGCAUUUCGUGCUGCACAUCUGGUGGGGUAUAUUCGAUGUCUGUGGGAGUCUUGUGUUUCCAAACAUACAGACAUCCAGCAGCUCGAAGAGGAAAAUAAGACGCUGCGAACUAGGAAUAUUCAGCUAUACAACGAGGGGAACCGUUUGAAGCACUGCCAAGAUGAGUAA